UCCUACACGAGGGAAAAGCCCCGGCACGGCCUCCUCCAGGGUGUCUGUGAUCGUCGAGGGAUCUGUAUUGGCGCUGGUCAACAUUUCCUAGCCGAGAUAACACGGGCCGCACGCGAGAGAAAGAGAACGAGACAGAGAGGAGAGAAAACCGCAGCGCUGAAAGCCCAGCCGCCCUCAGUCAUGUGAUUCCACGAAGGCCCGUGCAAUUAGUAGAAACACACGGUUGUGAGUAUCUCGUUUUAAGCCUCGAGUCGAGAAAACCCUUAUCGCGAGUAGUCCACGCGCGGCGGACUGGGUGAUGAGCUCGUGGUACAAGCGGAAGACUGCAGCAGCCGCCGUUGAAAGAUGUUCCGCUCCAAGAUUCGCAUUCACACGUGUCAAGUGAUACUGCUGACGUCCCUGGUAUGGUUCCUGGUCGACGUCAUGGUGCUCAUGCUCUAUUCGGACUGCAUCGGAGGGUCCGGAUGGGGCUGCUCGGACGGCAAGCAGCAGCAGCAGCAGGCGCUUCAGUCCGAGGAGCCGCCCCAGCUGCACCCGAAGGCCCAGAUUAGGGAGCCGCAGGCGGUGAAGCAGGAGCACAACAACAAGAGGCAGUAUCCGCAGUCGCAGCUGAAUCUGUGGCGGCCGGCGAAGGUCAUCAAGGAGAGUAAGGGCAGCCCCGGCGAGAUGGGAGCGGCGGUGCACAUCGCGCCGGAGAACGAGGCCAAGCAGCAGGAGCUGUUCAAGCUGAAUCAGUUCAAUCUGAUGGCCAGCGACAUGAUCUCCUUGAACCGAUCCCUGAAGGACAUCAGGCUCGAGGGUUGUAAGAAUAAGAAGUACCCCAAGUAUCUUCCAGACACGAGUAUCGUGAUAGUUUUCCAUAACGAGGCGUGGACCACUCUGCUGCGGACGGUCUGGUCCGUGAUAAACAGAUCUCCCAGGUCGUUGCUGAAGGAAAUCAUCCUCGUGGACGACGCGAGCGAGCGUGAGCACCUGAAGCAAGAUUUGGAAGACUACAUAGCCACGUUACCAGUCCCCACGUAUGUGUAUCGCACCGAGAAGAGAUCGGGCCUGAUAAGAGCGAGGCUUUUAGGGGCAAAGCACGUCAAGGGACAAGUAAUCACGUUUCUCGAUGCGCACUGCGAGUGUACCGAGGGUUGGCUGGAGCCGCUGUUAUCAAGAAUCGCCGUCGAUAGGCAUACCGUUGUCUGCCCGAUCAUAGACGUAAUCAGCGACGACACCUUCGAGUACAUCCCGGCCAGCGACAUGACCUGGGGAGGUUUCAAUUGGAAAUUGAACUUCAGAUGGUACCGAGUCGCGCAGAGAGAAAUGGACAGGAGAAACAGCGACAGAACGGCACCGCUACGAACACCGACCAUGGCCGGUGGAUUGUUUUCUAUUGAUAAAGACUACUUUUACGAGUUGGGCGCGUACGACGAAGGCAUGGAUAUUUGGGGUGGUGAAAAUCUUGAAAUGAGCUUCCGGGUGUGGCAAUGUGGCGGAACAUUAGAAAUCAGUCCGUGUUCACAUGUGGGACAUGUAUUCCGGGACAAGAGCCCAUAUACAUUCCCUGGCGGUGUCAGCAAGAUAGUCCUGCACAAUGCGGCCAGGGUGGCCGAAGUCUGGAUGGAUGAGUGGAGAGAUUUUUACUAUGCCAUGAAUCCAGGAGCGCGAAAUGUCGACGUCGGUGAUGUUUCCGAGCGAAUUAAACUCAGAGUACGGCUGAAAUGCAAAAGCUUCAGAUGGUAUUUGGAGAACAUAUAUCCAGAAUCGCCGAUGCCGCUAGAUUAUUAUUAUCUCGGCGAUGUGAAAAAUGUUGAAACGCAAACGUGUUUGGAUACUAUGGGCAGAAGAACCGGGGAGAACGUCGGAAUUAGUUAUUGUCACGGAUUAGGUGGUAAUCAGGUAUUUGCUUACACUAAGCGGCAACAGAUAAUGUCUGACGAUAUGUGCCUUGAUGCAGCUAGUCCACAAGGUCCAGUAAAGAUCGUACGAUGUCAUGGCAUGGGUGGUAAUCAAGCGUGGGUUUACAAUGACGAGACCAAAAUGAUUAAACACACGAACACGGGUUAUUGUUUGUCGAAACCCCACUCGGGCGAUGCGUCGCAACCCGUCUUGGCGCAGUGCGAUGUCAACAACAUCGGACAAAAAUGGAUCAUGCGUAGCAAAUUCAAGUGGCAGGCCAGCUAAUACGAAUCCACUUUAAACGCCAGAUCUAUACGCAAUAUUUGUUAAUAUGUUUAAUAAAUGGUAACUGAUGGACUGAUCGCAGAGGACUUCCCAAGUGCGCGCGUACAAGAAGAGAGAAUGAAGUUAUUAUAAUCCAGAGAGUGGCGAAGAAACGGUUCAAUAUUACAUCCGACUGUGUAGGUCAAAUGAAUUGACAGUGUGCGAGAAAUCGAUUCUCGUCGGAAAUUGUAGUUAAAUAAUUAGAUUAUCCUCUACGGGAUAUAUUUACCAUUGAUGAGGCAGUAUCGAGAAUUUACUGCCAUUCCUUGUGGAACCGGUCCUUGCGGUGCGCCUUGAUCGAUGCACAAUAGUGGCAGAGAUGAAUUUCUCUGAUCGCGCGUGUGAAUAUAUAAGUGAUACUAAACGACGAACAGAGUGAACUCCUUUUCUUCUUUUCUGGCUACGAAGCAGUAAAGAGGGAAUCAUAUCAGACCACUGUUAUAAAUAAUUGUUGAUACGAAAGAGCGAGAGAGACAUUUGAUAAUUUCGGAUGAGUGCAAUGACGAAUGACUGACCGUUAAGUCGGUAACGCAACGAAAUGAAAUGUGAAUAUGCUUGGAAAAUGUAACGCGAGAUAAAUGACGGAGUGAAUGGUGGAAUGUCAGUGAAGUCGAUGUGACGCUACCGAUAAUAAUAUAGAAAAAAUUAUUAUUGUACAAUCCAUUUAAAUAACUAGAGAAGAGCACUGGAUCUUUUUAUAUUCAUGUUUCUGAUAGUUCCUCGUUGCAUCUCGUUCGUAUAAUUUAACUGUUACGCGUCGUUUCGUGCAAAGGAUGUACUUAUCAGACUUUAAUAGCAAUAUGUAAGAAUUCAUCAGGUUUUAGUUAGAUGCAUACAGUUUAUUAAUUCUCGUUGAAAUUUGAUUCCAGAGACAUAAUGCAGUUUCAACGGACGUACCAGAGUGUGUCUUCCAUAUUUUAAUGAUAGCAGAUUUUUCUGGCAUGAUCAGCUCACAUUCACGCACAUUUGCGAAGUUACUUUGUCUGUGCGAAUUACAUUACAGUGUUUAAUUUACGAGUUAACAUUCAAAACAUUAUGCCAUAAAAUCGUUCCGAAGAAAACGACUUUUGAGCACGAUGCAUGUAAAGCGCAAUCAUUCACAGAUAAAGUAACGAGUUUAACUAAACUGCAACGACAAUUGCAGGAAAUAAUUACCGUUUAUGCAAAGAUCAAUUGAACGAAAUCAAUCAGCUUCCGUUUUUGAAUGAUGGCACCUUUCUCCUCGACAUCAUAAGUUACAAUAGAAUAUUUUUAUUCUUAUCCUUCCAACAAUUAUAAUAAUGACAUCUUCUACUCGAUCUAUUCACAAAUCUGCUAUUGAAAACAAGAGAAACUUUCGUGAGUUUAUACUCCUGUGAAACAACUUCCGACACAGUUUUAAGACCUCUAUUUGUAUUCUAUUGAAUGACGAAUAUACUCAUUAUUCUUAUGUAAUUCAAAAGAAUGUUAUGGUGAUGGUGCAACGUUAAUAGCUUGAUACAUUUGUCUUCUAAGACUGCGGUAUUUAUUUUUGUAUAGAAUACAAAUUGACUUAUAUGUUGAAAUGCGCAAUGUGUCAGUCCACUUUAUAGAUAAAUGAUGAAAGUGUUCGAUCGCGAUCGAAAAAAAAAAAACAAUAGUCAAUAGUACCUCUCUUUGCAAAUACGUCAUUCCUCGCAGGCUGAUUUCAUGGAGAAUGCUAUUAUUAAUUAUGAAUAAAAUUGCUAAUGAACGAUUUCCGUUUUAAUCAUUUGCUCAACGAUAAUAAUAAAUGUCUCUAGCUUCACGGUUCAAUCGAUUAUGAUGAUGCGAAAGGACAGUUUCGAUUAUUAUAAUAGCCUGAACUGCGUAAGCAUGAUCUUUUAAAAGACAAUAAAAAUUAUUUGUAUACAUUAUUAAGUUUAAUAUAACGCAUGUCUCUAUAAUACUAGUAUAAUUUUAAAUAUUUCUAAAGUAAGUAAAAAAAUUUGUAAAAAUGAAUGUAUGCACAUUAACGACAUUUAAACCUGACUUUCGUUUCUCCUUUCAGAACGUAAGUUAAGUUCGACUAAAAGACGCCUUUUAAAAAAAGUAAUUUAUUUAUAGUUGUUAAAAUUGUACCAUAUAAGUAUUCUAUGGAAUCUUAUAAAAAUAAUUAUGAUCAAUACAAUUACAUCUUGUUAGAAUAAAUAAUUAGUUUCGUUACAUA